AUGGUUCUACUCACCGCUAGAGCUGCUCCAGCGGAGGCAACCGAAGAUGUGACCCAUCCACCACCCGAUCAGCUGCAAACGGAGUCCCGUUCACGCAGUGAUGAUGUCCUGGAUGUGGACGAGGACCUGGACGGACGCAAUGCCUAUAUCAACAAUCAGUUUGUGCCCAGUGAACCAGCUGAAGUGCUGGAGGAGGAGCAGAACGCCCCACUCUACGAGAUCCUGCAGAAGCAGAUGGAGCAGGUGCUGGCCUCAGCGGCUCCCAGCGAUCCUGUCUACGAGCAGCGGGAAAAGCAUGAGCGUCGCGAUCAGGAGCCACCUCCAUACUUCUCCGGCGGAGAUCGGGAGGCCGAUGAGCAGGACGACUACGAGGACGAAGAGGAUCAGUCGGAUCCGGGCUAUCCGUUGGAUCCUGAAAAGCCGGAUGCGGUGGCAGUCUCUCCAGAAGAUGAGGAUCAAAACGAGGCGGGCUACCAGGCACCCCCCUUGAGCCUGCCCAGCAGCACUACUCGCCGACCUCACCGGCGACGUAGCACUACCACCACAGCUCAUCCGAGAACAACGAGGCCAAGGACCUCGGCCCAGCCCAGGAUCACGGCCAGACCCUCGAACCAAACCAGCACCACUGAGCCAGCACUGCCACCACUGCCACCGGUAAGCACGACCAGCCACCGGCCCAAAACCAGUUCUAGUUCCAGUACCAAGCCAAGUCCCCAUCCGGAACACAACCUGUCUGGCGAUCCGCAGGUCUACCAGCACAAGCGGCGCAUCAUCUUCAAGACCAUCUCAACGGGCUCCCAGUUCAUCAACUCCCCCAUCGGCGACUUGAUGAUCAAGUUCUCCAUCGGAUUCGCCAAGCCAGCCACUCCGGGUGCGGUCAUCAGCUCCUCCAGCCCUCCGGCCCCUUCCUCCAGUGAAGCCCUGCGGGCACUGUCACAAAACUUGAUUCGCAACCUAGAAUUGCAUAAACUGAAGAGAACGAAUAAAGUUCAAAAAGAUUAAA